UCCAGUCGGUGUGUUGCUGCAGUGGAUUAGCAUUUAUUUUUAAAGCGGUGCAUCCAGAGCGCCAAGCCCAGUGUGGAUGUGAGAGCUCCGUGAAGAUGCAGCGUAUCUACAUGCACAGCAACGAGCACUUUGAAGUGUUCACCACCGUCCUUGCGCCACAAGGCAUAAGUCGAUACACAGCACAAGCUGAAAAGAUGGUGGUGGUACACAGCUACAGUCCUCACUGGCCAGAUGAGUUGGAGCUGGCUGCUGGUGACGUCAUGGUGGUUCUGUCCCACCAAGAGGAAGGGCGCUGGUUCGGAUGUCUGCAGGACGGCCAGCAGGGCUACUUCCCCGCCUCCUGUGUCAUGGAGUUAGGCCAGGAUAAAAGCAUCAGAAGGAGCUCAUCUCUGAGAACAUCGGAACAUGACGGGAGCGUUCGUCGUAACAGUGCGAGUGGACACAUUCUGCAGGCGCUCAGGAGGGGGAGCCGAGGAGGCGGCGGCGCAGGGGAAGUGAGCCUGGAUGGCGGCCAGGAUGGCAGCGAGGCCCCCGCCGUGCCCCCGUCGCAGAGGCCCUUCUACUCCCCGCAGCUUCAACACGCGAGCCCCCAUCCUCAGAUGCAGCGCUCCUCCCCGGGUCUGCUGCACAGGAUCUUGUCCAGGUGCCGCAGGAAGAGCGAAUGCCAGGGGGCCACCAACGGGGCCUUUGAGGAGGACUAACUCAAGUGGGGGGCAGGGCAUGGGGGCCCAGUGGACGUCUUCUCUCAGCAUCCAGGUAUCGUGGUGUCCACGUUGUGUGACAUUACAAAGGGGGCGUGGCUUCAGAACCAGAAGUUGUUUUUCUUUCAUUUAAGCAAUCGCAAAUCUUUUGUUUCUCAAAUAGUGGGUCGGGGCCCACUGUGUGGUCACGAGCAGCAAUGGAGAUUUCUUUAUUUGUGUCAGCACUCUAGUAUUCGUGUUAGAACGAUACACAAGCCUGCAGCUAGGUGGCAGCACUGCCAAAUCUAAUCAACACCCUCUCGGUUCUACCCAGUAAAACUAGUAAGUACACAGGAACACGUGUACUUACUUCUUCUACCCAGUAUAAGUUGUAAGUACACAGGAACAUGUUUAUUUACUUCUUCUACCCAGUUUAAGUAGUAAAUACACAGGAACAAAAUGUACUCUUACCAAUUAAAUAAGAAAAAAUAUAUUCAUUCAAAAUGUGUACAAAAUGUCUAACAAAAUUGUUUAUAUUGCCAGAAUAUAUUUUGGAAUAACUGUUUAAAAAAAAGUCAUCAAAUCAGAAACUUUAUUACAAAAGUCUUGACAGACCAACUCAAUGAGUAUGGAAAAAAGAAACAUUACUGAAAAAUCAAUACGAUUUUUUAAAUUAAAUUAUGCAAAUGUAAUUGAGUUCAAUACUAAAUGUUAAAAAAAAAUAAUAAUCAAUACAGUUUGUGAUUAUUUAUUUAAAAACACAAAGGAUUUUUUUUUCUAAAGAUUCCAUUAAAUAUAAAUAAAUGACAAAUAACAAUUGAAUACAAAAAAAUAUAGUAAUUCUAACUUCUUUAAUAUCUGGGACGGAAAUGUCCCACAAACACAUAUAUUUUUGGAAUUAAUAAAACUUUGUAAAUCAAACAUAUCUAAAAUCAUAUAUUUAUAUAUCAUAAUUUAUAUUUAUUUUUAAAUAAAAAUCCACCCAAUUAGCUCCUAUUUAUUUAUUCCUAAAGAGUCCAUUAAAUAUAUCAAUAUACAACAAUUGAAUAUACAUAAGGUCUAUUUAUUCUAACUUCAUGAAACAUCUGGGGCAGAAAUGUACCAUAACCAAAAUAUUUUUUUUCAAUUUAUAACAAUUUCUUCAAUAAAAAUGUAUACAAAUUGACCUAUAUAAUAUAUGUAUCAUAAUUUAUGUGAAUAUGAGCAAAAAUGUAAACAUUUCAGAAUGUA